UCAACAGAUACCUAGAUAUUAUUUGUAAGGUCAAAACAUUUUAAUGGCUUUACAUGUAAUCGCUUAAAACUGGAUUAUAAAAUGUAUGGAAAAAGUAGUAAAAAUUUACCUUUGGGUGCUUCAGGAUUUUAUGAUUAUCCGAAAGAAAAUUCAAUACCUUAUAAUAAUGACAGGCUUGAUGAUGCAGUUAGUUUGGAUUAUUCCCAAGCCCUAAGUGGAUUUCAAAGAUCAGAUUUUGUAGCAAGUGGUGACUACGCUAGCAGAAUUGAACGAAGCUCUGACAGGCGACAUGAUAUCGACUCUCGUGAAACAAGUGGUGACUAUGCUACAAGAAUCGGAAGUUUUACUCAAAACCUUACAAGUACACCAGAUCUUCCCGUUCGCAGAAAUAGUGGAGCAUAUGCUCAACGUAUUGGAAAUUCAUAUGGUAAUGAAAAGGAAAUAUCGCAUAAGGAUCAAAGAUUUCAUAACAAGGGGAUGGACAAUAUUGGACGAACUAUGCAUAGUGUAAUAUCUCAUAAGGAUCAGAGAUUUCAUGAUAUAGGGAUGGACAAACGAACUAUGCACAGUGAGCGUGUCUAUGAAAACCAACUUUUUAAAGAUAAAUAUGGAAAUAUCUAUCCACCACCUAUUUUGGAAGACGAUGUCGGCCUGCAAGGUCUAGAAAGUCCUCGAUCAAUACUUGAAACAGCAAGGUCAUUUCCGGUAGGAUUUGAAGCGUCAGAUAUGUCAAGAAGUGGUCCAUUUAUUUCUCAACCUGGUGAAUCAACAGAUCAAGGAUCUUUUGAAAGACAUAAAACAUCAUCUCAAAGACAAAAAAAUAGGAGGAACUCUCCUCCAGAUGACCAUUUGGAGAGUGAAACACCCGCAUGGGCAAAUCGUCUUCUUACGAAGGAAUCUUCUUUAUUGUCAAAAUUCAGAAAUAUGAAAUCAGCAAUAAAUAAAUGGACUCUAAGACGUAUUUCUAAACCAAGAACAUCAUUCAUCAAAGGACAGGGCCCAAAAGUACUAAAUUUAUUUGAAAGAAUUGAAGAAUUGAGCUCUUCAAGUACGCAAGAUCUACUUCCUCGAAACCAGCGUAAAGAAAAAACAAAUAACAUCGCUUCAUGUUUUUGUGGAUUAUUUUUAAUGAUAAUAUUUGUGUUUCCUGUUAUUCCUGUGAUUGUGAUAUACACAGAUCCUUCCGAUUUCGCUCAAAUUGAAAUAACUAUUAAAUUUACUGGAUAUGUGGAUGCUAAUUUUGAUAUCAGAAUCAUGGAACAGGAUAUAUGUCGUCAGAUUGAUACAGCUUUUUUGUCAUACAGCAGUUUUUAUUCCUGUGACCUUAUUAAUAUCAAGAAUGGAUCUAUUACGGCAAAUGUUUACCUUCUGUUUCGUGUCUCAAAUAUACCAAACGAACAUGUCAUUGAAGAAACUAUUAACAAGUAUUUGACAAUUGUUCGAACAAUCAGGACAUAUGCAUACGAAAAAAACUCUACAAAAACAAUAAAAUACACAUUUGUUAAACAGAGACUUGUAGGUGAACUGCCUUAUACAAGAGGUCAAACAACAAUAGACCAAACUACUACUCCAAUAGUAUCGACAUCUACGACAAAAACUACUACUACAAUACCAUCUACAACUGCAAAAGCAACUAGUUCUACAUUACAAGUACAAACAACAGUAGAAGAUACAAGUACACCUGUUACAACUAGUUUAAAAACGGAAGCAAUGACAGAAAAAGAGACAACGACGAAGUCAGAUACUACAACUUCAAAUGUACAAAUAACAUCCAGAAAGUCGACAACAACUGAAGGACUUACAACGUUAACGACACACAGUACUAUAACACUACAAUCUAUCAAUCCAGAUAAUGUAACUUCAAGUGAACAAACAACUACAUCUACCAAUGGACAUACAACAACACAAACCCCAGAAAGUAGUACGACUUCAUAAUAGACUUUCAAUGAAUGAUUAAAAGAAAUGUACUGGUAACGUCAAUAGUGACGUGUUUAAAUUAUCAUUAUUUUUAGAAACGUUAUACCUAUUUAGAUGCUUCAUAAUAAAUUUAUUUAUACGUUACAAAAUAUACCUUCAAAGGUGGACCACUUUGAAUAGCUGAGGUAGAUGCAGAUUUGUAUGAACUUUUCAGGAAAUGUUAUACAGAUGCUUAUAGGUAUAGCCUCUACCAAACAUAAAAUAAUGUGUUCGGCAAGAGAGGCAUUUAUAAAUUCCAUCUCAUAUAUCUGAAAAUUACGAUGCAUGCACUUAUUUUAUAAAUGCAUGAACAAAUCGUUCUAAAUAGAGUGACAAACGCUAAGGAAGCAGAGAUAAUGUGAUGUCCUGGUGUACUGUCGUAUAUUCAUGGGAGAUGUCAAUUGUUAUUAUGUGGUUUAAUGUAGUAGUGUACUAUUAUAUUAUAAAUUUAUUUAUUUCUCAG